CCCAUGGCGUCCGCUUGCACUUCCGGUUUAGGAACCGGACUGGGCACCUGGAGUACUGGGCUGGGCCGGACCCCGAGUGGGUGAGGCUGGUCAGGGGGAAUGCGAGUUGGCUGAGGGGAAGCUCGAGAGGGACGCACGCCCAGGUAUGGGCCGAAGUACCUUCACGGCGCUUCAGCCAGGUCCGAGGCCUCUGGAGGGACUGCUGCUGUCCUGCGAAUCUGAGUGACCCGGCCAGAGGGCGCCAAGACAAAGAGGCCAGAACGCCUCGGCCACCGCUCCCGAGCCUGCAUCCCUGAAGGCCCCGCCACGGCCGCGCUUGCCACGCGCGAGACCCGUUCUGACUGCCCCUCGGGCCCGUCCCUCACGGCUCAGUGUGACUUUCACAAGCUCGGUACCAGGUCUCGCUCCAGGAAGCAACUCCCUUUGCAGAGAGAGCUUCAUCUGCACUUGAUUCUCCAAGGACAUGGAAAGAUAGGUGUCAGCCCUGGAACCCAGGCCUUUAAGUGGAGCAAAGCUGCUUUCUGCUGUGAAUGAAUGAUGGCCAAACCCACUCUGAGAGAGAAUGGCACCAACUCUGAAGUCUUCCGACAGCGCUUCAGGAUGUUCCAUUACCAGGAGGUGGCUGGGCCCCGGGAGGCUUUCAGUCAACUCUGGGAGCUUUGCUGUGCAUGGCUAAGGCCAGAAGUGCGCACCAAGGAGCAGAUUGUGGAAUUGUUGGUGCUGGAGCAGUUCCUGACCAUCUUACCUGGGGAGAUCCAGAAUUGGGUACAGGAUCAAUGUCCAGAAAGCGGAGAGGAGGCUGUGACUCUGGUGGAAGAUUUAGAGAGAAAGCCUGCAAGACCUGGAUGUUCGCUCACAGUCUCUGUGCAGGGGCAGGAAGUGUGCCCGGAGAAGAUGACACCCCUGAAAUCAUCACGAGAGUUAUUAAAUGUUCAGCAGGAAUUAGUGGAACCCCAGCCCAGCGAUGGACUCAAGAAAGAGAGGGCAAGCAGCCCAGAUCUGGGACUACAGGAGCAGAUGAAUCCAAAGGAGAAUCUCAGACAUUUUCAAAGGAGCGGAUUUCCAUUUCCUAAAUCUGGUGUGAUCUCCUCAUUGGAGCAAGGUAAGCCAUGGACUUCAGAUCUGGGCUUCAAGGAGAAAGAAGUCCCAAGAGGCAGCCACACAGGAGAUAGACGAGUGCAUGCUGACCUGUUGCCAUCUAAGAGAGAGAGGAGAAACUGGAUGGAACAAGAUCCCUGGAGCUUUGAGGAUGAGAAGGUAGCUGGUGUACACUGGGGCUAUGAAGAAACCAGAACUCUCCUUGCAAUUCUUAGCCAGACUGAACUUUAUGAGGCUCUCCGAAACUGUCAUAGAAACAGCCAAGUAUAUGGGGCUGUGGCUGAGAGGCUCCGGGAGUAUGGCUUCUUCCGGACCCUGGAACAGUGUCGGACAAAGUUUAAAGGUCUUCAAAAGAGCUACAGGAAAGUCAAGAGUGGCCAUCCACCUGAGACCUGCCCCUUCUUUGAAGAGAUGGAAGCUCUGAUGAGUGCUCAGGUCAUUGCCCUGCCCAGUAAUGGCCUGGAAGAGGCAGCCCCUCACUCUGGUCAGAUGGGCAGUGAUGCUGGGCAUGAAGAACCCCAACAAGCGGGUUGGCAGCAUGAGGAGGAAGCAGAAGAGGCUUUGGCUGAGGAGUCUGACAGUGAUGAAAUGGACCUGGAGGCCACCUCCCAGGACCCUGAUAACUCAGCUGCACCUGUCAUGUUCCGAAGUCCAAGUGGUGUACACUGGGGCUAUGAAGAGACCAAGACUUACCUUGCAAUUCUUAGUGAGACUCAAUUUUAUGAAGCCCUCCGAAACUGUCACCGCAACAGCCAGUUAUAUGGAGCAGUGGCUGAGAGGUUAUGGGAAUAUGGCUUCUUCAGGACCCCCGAGCAGUGUCGGACCAAGUUUAAAAGCCUACAAACCAGCUACCGGAAGGUCAAAAAUGGCCAAGCACAAGAGAUUUGCCCCUUCUUUGAAGAAAUGGAUGCUUUGGUGAGUGCCCAAGCGGCUGCUCCAUCCAGUGAUGGCCAGGAAGAGGAAACAGCUUCUUGCCCUAUCUGGGGGACCAGUGACGCUGAAGUUGAGAAGCAAGCUACAGACACAGAAGAGGCUCUAGAGGAAGAUUCUGAUGACAAUGAAGAGGGUACUGAGUUACCCCCAGGGGCUUUCUUAACCCGUGCUCCAGUCUUAUUCCAAAGCCCCAGUGCACAUACAGUACUGUACAGUAUUAUUCAAUCCAGCAUGGCUCCAAAGAAAGUGCAGAGCAAGCGUGGUGGUAAAAAGAAAGUGCAGAGCAGUAAUGAAGGUAACAAGAACAUGCAGAACAAUAAUGAAGGUAACAAGAAUGUACAGAGCAAGAAUGGUAAGAAGGUUUUGAAAAAAAUAACCAUUGAAUUGAAGAAGGAAAUUGUAGAAAAGCAUGAGCAUGGUAUUCGUGUGACUGAUCUGGCCUCAGAGUACAAGAUGGCAAAGUCAACAAUCUCAACUAUUUUGAAGAAUAAAGAUGCUAUCAAAGGAGCUGAUGUAGCAAAAGGAGUAACAGUGUUAACCAAGCAGAGGACACAAGCACUGGAAGAGGUGGAAAAACUUUUGUUAGUAUGGCUGAAUGAGAAACAGCUGGCAGGUGAUAGAGUUAGUGAAGCUAUGAUCUGUGAAAAAGCCAGGAAAUUGCACAGUGAUUUACUUCAAGAAAACCCCUCUAUAAGUGCAACAAGUAAUGAAUUUAAAGCCAGUAGAGGGUGGUUUGAUAAAUUCCGCAAGAGAAGUGGCAUCCACAGUAUGCUAAGACAUGGUGACGCUUCCAGUUCUGACAAGGCCAGAAGCCUACAGUAAGAAAGAAUUCACAGAAUUCAUGAAGGUCGAAGGAUAUAAUGCUCAGUGAGCAUUCAACUGCAGUGAAAUGAGCUCUUCUAGAAGGAGAUGCCAAAUAAAAUCUGUAUCACGCAGGAGGAAAAGGCACUGCUGGGGCACAAGACCAUGAAGGACAGAUCGACUCUUUUGCUGUGUGAACACAAGUGCCGAUCUGAAGAUUAAGCCACUCCUGGUGUACCAUUCCCAGACCCUUCAUACACUGAAGGAACAAAAUGUGAACAAGGCCAGACUGCCUGUAAUGUGGAGGGCCAAUGUGACAGCUUGCGUCACAAGGCAAUUUUUCAUGGGAUGGCUGCAUGAAAUGUUCAUACCUACCAUUAAGAAAUAUCUUUCUGACAUCCAACUGCCUAACAGGUGCUGCCUUCUGAUGGACACUGCCCCAGCACACCCUCCAGCCUUUGUGGAUGAUACAGAUGCUGUAUAUGACUCCCCUCACCACACCCCAGUAGCUCUUCCCAAUACAACUCCUUUUCUGCAGCCCAUGGACCAGCAAGUGAUCUGCAACUUCAAAAAGUGUACACAAGGGUGCUCUUCACCAGGUGUUUUAAUGUCACUGAAAAGAUGUCCUUGACUCUGAAAGAGUUCUGGGAAAAACAUUUCAGUGUCCUCCACUGCAUCAACCUCAUUGACAAAGCCUGGGAAGCGAUUAUGUGCCAGACCUUAAUCUCAGCCUGGAGGACACUGUGGCCAGAACAUGUUGCUGAACAUGACUUUGAAGGUGUGAUGUACAGGUAGUGGAGGGGACUGUGUCCACGUGAGAGUAUGGGUCUGUACAUCAACAGUGCAGACAUAGAGGAAAACCACAAAGACUAUAGAGAAGCUGAUGAUGGAAGAAUUUGCUGAACUCCAGAGUGAGCAGCAGAAGGUGCUUGUUGAGGAGCCUUCCACUGAGGAAGAGGAAGACAGGGAGGAGGUUAGCAGUGACUGAUAGGAUAAAACCCAUUACGGAAAAAAUGGAAUGAGUACCAGGAUUUCUUUUGAGAAACAACCACCCCAACAUAACUGUAAUGUGUAGAGUGAAUCUGAUUAAUGAUCAUGUGGUCUCUCAUUUCCAGAGGGUUAUGCAGUACAGGAAAAAAUGA